AAAGCUAUGGAGAUUGAUCUAUCACUCAAAAUUGAUCAUCACAAACAAGAACCGAACCAAGAACAUCAAGAACAAGACGAACACGAAGAACACGAAGAACACGAAGCUUAUCGAGUUCGAGAAAAAAAGGGAGUUGAUGACACUGAAAUUCAUGUUGCUGCCUCUACUUUGAAAGUAUUUUUGCCACAACACAACGUUAAUGUAGGAGAGAUCUCGGAGUUGCAAAUGGAGAUGAAUCGUAUGAAGGAAGAGAACAAGAUGUUGAGAAAAGAAGUGGAACAAACCAUGAAAGAUUACUAUGAUCUUGAGAUGAAAAUUGCUAUCAUUCAACAAAACAAUCUCCAAAAAAAGGACUCUCACAACUUUCUACCGAGCCACGAAAAUGAAAACAAGAGGGUCGAAGAACCAAAUAGAGAGCUCGAGCUCGGAGAAAUGGCAAAGAAGAGACGAGUUCGAUCGCCAUCGAAGGACAACGAAAUGAGAGAAAGCGAACUAGGGUUAUCAUUAGGGCUUCAUACAAACAAUGAUUUGGAAGAAGAUAAUGAUCAUAAGGAUCAAGAAGAAGAAACAAGAGAAAAGAGCAAAGAACAUGUAACAUCCAACAUGAAGGCAAUGCAACAAAGCAAGCCACAAAGGCCUGAGUUGCAAGGAAUGGCACCUCCACACAAUAGAAAAGCUAGGGUUUCUGUGAGAGCAAGAUGUGAAGCUGCCACGAUGAACGAUGGUUGCCAAUGGCGGAAAUACGGUCAAAAAAUUGCGAAGGGGAAUCCAUGCCCUCGAGCCUACUAUCGUUGCACGGUUGCACCGGGAUGCCCCGUUAGAAAACAGGUGCAAAGAUGCUUAGAAGACAUGUCGAUACUGAUAACAACGUACGAAGGAACACACAACCAUCCGCUCCCUGUCGGAGCCACCGCCAUGGCUUCAACGGCUUCGGCAGCCGCUUCGUUUACGCUAUUAGACUCCACAAAUCUCCCUCUUCCAAACCCUCAAAACCCUAAUAAUAUUCUCAACUCCUCUUCCUAUUCUGCAAACCCUAACCACCCCUCCGCCGGGCUCCUCCUCAACCUCACGGCCAACAACUUCUACGCUCCGAUGGCCACCGCCUCCACCUCCGCCGCCCAUAAUUCCUAUUAUCAAAACAACUUUCAAGCUAAUUUUUUUAGUCGUCCCCUUGAUGGGCGGACUUGGAAAUCGGCGGCGGAGGAGAAUAAGCAGCCGCUGGUGGGGGAGAGUGUCUCCGCCAUUGCUUCUGACCCCAAGUUUCGAGUGGCGGUGGCGGAAGCCAUUUCGUCGCUCAUUAACAAAGACGGCAACCUCACCGCACCCAAUUCUGUCAAACGCUCUUCUUUUGGUACCGAAAAGGAUGGCGACGGCGGCGAUAGUGGCGGCGGGAACAACAGUUGGGUUGUCCAAUCGCUCUCCACCAAUGGUAAUCUUUAA